UUGUGUUUAUGUUGUGUUACGGUGCGGAUGUUCUCCCGAAAUGUGUUUGUCAUUCUUGUUUGGUGUGGCUUCACAGUGUGGCGCAUAUUUGUAACAGUGUUAAAGUUGUUUAUACGGCCACCCUCAGUGUGACCUGUAUGGCUGUUGACCAAGUAUGCAUUGCAUUCACUUGUGUGCGUGUGAAAAGCCGCAGAUUUUAUGUGAUUGGGCCGGCACGCAAAGGCAUUGUCUUUAAGGUUUAUUGGCGCUCUGUACUUCUCCCUACGUCCGUGUACCACUCUGUACAGUGGCGUUUUAAAAAGUCAUAAAUUGUACUUUUUGAAACCGAUACCGAUAAUUUCCGAUAUUACAUUUUAAAGCAUUUAAAAAGGAUAUCUCUAGUCUCCACACAUCACGAAAUGUAUGUAAGUUACCAGAAAUCUCAUAUCUCAGUAUUUCAAUGUGGCGGAUUCCCACGAGCUCCCUCAACCAGGCUUCAAACUUAGGUGCUCCGCCACCAUGGGGACCAGAUAACCGCCAGGCUUUGCAGGAACCAUGGGGGGCUGCCUGUGCACAGGUCACAAAGAGCUCCACUAUCCCAUGACGGUGCUGCACGACGGUCAGCCUGCAGCCUCCAACAAGGAUGGCCAGGCUCCAUCUAAUGGCCCAACGACAGAUAAAAGCGACCAUUAUGGAAUUGGCGAGCUGGCCACUUCCUCUCUGUUUGGUCUGGUCGCCACGAUAAAGGAGCACAUCACCAAGCCCACGGCCAUGGCCCAGGGCAGAGUCGCUCACCUGAUCGAGUGGAAAGGCUGGGGAGGAGGAGGAGUAGGAGGAGGAGGAGGAGGAAGGAGAGGCGAGACCAAAGGAUGUGGAAGCUGGGGGACGCUGGGUACCGAGCUGCAGGAAGAUGAACAAUUUUACUCUCAAAUGACGGAUGAGAUCAAGGAAGCUCGCUUUGCCGCUGGAGUGGCGGAGCAGUUUGCCUUGGCCGAGGCCUCCAUGAACAUGUGGUCCAUGAACGACAUCUUAGAGCAACCGUCUACCAGCUUGCAAGCAGCACAAAGCCACUUCUUGUCUCACUUCCUGCUGGACGGUGGAAGCGUCGGCGUCCCCCAGCACCUGUACAGCAUCCAUGCCCAGACGUACGGCAACAGCCAGCUAACAGGCCUGGUAGCCCCUCCACCACCACCUCCACCAACGGCGUCCAUUAGUCCAACCACCAUCAGACAGCAGGAGAUGACGUCUACCACACAGGACAGACAAAUCAGGGUUGAGGCAACCGUGCGACACAUAGACAGCAGCUCCCUGUCGGAGGAUGAUGUUUUUUAUAAUUAAAGCAUCGUAGAAAUCCAACUAUCUGGAAUUUGGGUGGAGCACCAGCACUGACUGACAAGAAGCAUCUUCAGAUUAACUCCUUCCAAUGAAAGACUCCUAAACAUGUGUGAAUGUAUUCAGUAGAUGCUUAGCUACAUUUGACUUUUCUAUUGCGUGUACAUCAGAUAUCAUCCUAUUUUCUUGCAUAUGGAACUUAGAAUCAAUCACAAGUGUUAUAUCUUGGUAUAA